AUGAGGAUCAGUAAGGGAAGAUGUUUGGAGCCCUGGGUUAUUGGCCUUAUCACCUGUGUCUCCUUGAUUGCGAUGUCUGUAUGCAUUGGACUCACCGUUCACUAUGUGAGAUACAAUCAAAGGAAUACCUAUAAUUACUACAGCACAUUGCCAUUCACCAGUGACAAAUUAUAUGCUGAGUUUGGAAGAGAAGCAUCUAAAAAUUUCACAGAAAUGAGCCACAGAAUUGAAUCCAUGGUAAAAAAUGCAUUUUCUGGAUUCCCAUUACAGGGAGAACUUGUGAAGGCUCAUAUAAUCAAAUUCAGUGAAGAAAAUGGUGGCGUGUUGGCUCAUAUGCUGCUGAUUUUUAGAAUUCGCUCUACUGAGGAUCCUGGAAACGUAAAUAAAAUCAUUGAAUAUACUCUACAUGAAAAGUUGCGUGAUGUUUCAGGAUCCCUUCAAGUUGAACGUGAUUCAGUUGAAAUUAAAAAAAUCAACAAGACAGAAACAGACAAGUACUUCAACGAUUGCUGCGGGACCAGGAGAAGUAAAUCUAGCAAUGAAAGUCUCCGAAUUGUCGGUGGGACAAAGGUAGAAGAGGGAGAAUGGCCCUGGCAAGCCAGCUUGCAGUGGGAUGACGCCCAUCGCUGCGGAGCCGUAGUGAUCAGCAACACCUGGCUCUUGAGCGCUGCUCAUUGCUUCCGAAUACAUAAGGAUGCAAACAGAUGGACUGCUUCCUUUGGAAUAACAAUAUAUCCUCCCACCAUGAAAACAGGCAUCCAGAGGAUAAUUGUCCAUGAAAAAUACCAUUAUCCAUCGCAUGAAUAUGAUAUUGCACUGCUAGAGCUGGCUAAGCCCAUUGUCUACACAAAUGAAGUACACAGAGUUUGUCUCCCUGAUGCGAACCACGAGUUCCAACCUGGGCAAGAGCUGUUUGUGACAGGGUUUGGAGUGCAGCAUAAGCACGGUUAUCUUCAGAAUCGCCUUUGGCAAGUACAAGUUGAACUCAUAGACACUAAAACCUGCAAUCAGCCCGAAGUUUACAAUGGUGCCAUAACUCCUACAAUGUUAUGUGCUGGCUCCUUAGAAGGAAAACGAGAUUCAUGUCAGGGUGACUCUGGAGGACCACUGGUCGGUUCAGAUGCUAGAGAUGUCUGGUACCUUGCUGGAAUAGUGAGUUGGGGAGAUAACUGUGCCCUACCCAACAAGCCUGGGGUGUAUGCAAGAGUGACUGCUCUCCGGGACUGGAUCACUGAACACUGUGGUAUCUAA